GAUACCCUUUACUUGACUAUCCAGUGUACUGCUACUGCAGGCUCUUUAAUUAUUGACAAGACUUCGAGGGGAAAAGUACUAGCUAGUGCUCUCAUAACAUUCAUUUUGCAACGUGUUUUCCUCUCACUUAAAAAAUAGGCACAACGCGUCAGUUUUAUCAAGGACAUUACACAUUUUAUUCAUUUACGCCAGGUUUUAUGUUGUUUUUAUUUUUUUUCAAAGCUUCGUUUUUGGCGUGUUCUCAUCUGGAAGGAACCUGUGCGUACGUACGAGAAGGUGUAUCCGUUAUGCGCGCCUCUGUGCAGUGGUCUGGUGCGGUAAACGCCCUGUGAGAGAUUUUUGAGAGGUGGUGUCAUCUUUUAGGGCCAGAAGAUUCUAUUUAUAUUAGAAAGCUGCAAUCCCUUAACUAUAACUCAGCCUGAGCUGCUUGUAAGCUACCCGAGAGAGGCUUUCGGGAAUCAUAUGACCUGCUGCAGCUCAUUCCAAAGAUACCGGAAAGGGCGCUCGCUCCCGCAGCUUUUGCGCUCUUUCAAACCACAGUCUUCGGAAAGGGGUACAUCUGGAGGAUGUACAACACCGCAGGACAACAGAAAGACCUUGAAUAUUAGAAGAAGAAAUACUGCUCUUUGUUUGUAACGGAUAUAUAUAUAACAGUUGAGAAGGGACACCGAUAGAGCAAAAAAUGCCGGAGGAAAAAGAUGCUGCCCCCUAUAGGAACAUCUGGUUAACAAAUCAUCUUGGACCCCUCCAUCACCCCAAGCCUUAUUUAUUGUCCUGACAGGAAGUGAACGACACAGGAUCCCCUCAACAGUAUUUCACCAGCAGGCUGUCCACAGCCCUCUGGAGCAGGGGAAGCAGGGGAAGCAGGGGAAGCAGGGCAGCGGCGGCAGCAGCUCUGUCCCCUGUCAGAACUGUGGCAAGGCCUGCAAGGGAGAGGUGCUGCGCGUGCAGAACAAACACUUCCACAUCAAGUGCUUCGUCUGCAAAGUGUGUGGCGUUGACCUGGCCCAGGGGGGGUUCUUUGUGCGUCAGGGGGAGUACAUCUGCACCCUGGACUACCAGCGGAUGUACGGCACGCGCUGCUUCAGCUGUGAGGAGUUCAUCGAGGGAGAGGUGGUGUCAGCGCUGGGAAAGACCUACCACCCACGCUGCUUCGUCUGCGUCACCUGCAAACAGCCGUUCCCUGCCGGUGACCGUGUGACAUUUAACGGUAAAGAGUGUGUCUGCCAAAACUGUACAGAGCCCCAGUCUGCCAACAGCCCUGCUCCCAUACAGGCUGUCCACAACUGCUGUGGCUGUGGGAAGGAGUUUAAGAAUGAGCAGUCUCUGGUAGCGCUGGAUAAACACUGGCACCUGGGCUGCUUCAAGUGUAAGGUGUGCAACAAGGUGCUCAACGCCGAGUACAUCAGCAAGGAUGGGAUCCCCUACUGCGAGGUGGACUACCAUGCCAUGUACGGCAUCCAGUGUGACAGCUGCAAGAAGUACAUCACUGGGAAAGUACUGGAGGCUGGGGAGAAACACUACCACCCGUCAUGUGCCCGCUGUGCCAGGUGUGAGCAGAUGUUUGGAGAGGGAGAGGAGAUGUACCUGCAAGGUAACUCCAUCUGGCAUCCUCCUUGCAGACAGGCAGCCAGACAGGAGGAGAAGAGUAAGAAGCAGGUCCGGAUACAGGUCAAUGACGUCCCUGAGCAGCAGGUGAGCAGGACUUCCUCUGAGAGCAUCACCUCUGUCCCAGCCUCCAGUGCGUCUGGCUCUCCGAACAGGGUCAUCUAUGCCAAACUAGGAGAUGAGAUGCUGGACUACAAAGACCUUGCUGCUCUGCCAAAGAUCAAGGCGAUCUACAACAUCGACCGGCCAGACAUGCUCUCCUACAGUCCCUACGUCAGCUACCCCUCAGAGGAACGGCACUACGGAGAGGGUGACGGAGAGAAGUCUCCUCGUCAGAGGAGGCCCUCCAGCCCCAGCUCCAACAGCUCCCUGGGGAAGUAUGGAGGGUACACCCCUUCUCGCUCCCCCCAGAACUACAGCAGGCCGGGGGAUCUUUAUAUGGCCAGUAAAGCAAUGGGUAAUAGAUAUGGCCAGGCCCUUGACUCCAGCUCCCUCCCCCACCCCUCAGCCUACACAGGGGGGCCUAAGUACCUCUCCUCCUUGGCUAGGGACUCCUCCUGCCUCCCCAUGGACUACUCAAGGGGUCUACCCCCCAAGUUCCCUGGGGGGCUGCAGGUGCCUGGGCCGUUGACACAGCCUGGUAAUAUGUCUCCUGGAGGCAGAAACUCUCCUCUGCCCCUUAACCCUACCACCCUGGCCGUGCUCCAGCAGCACAACUAUGUGCCCUACUUCAGAGGCCUCAAACAGGACCCCCUACUACCACCUGAAUCUCAACCUAAGACGUCCCUGCAUCUCAAUUUACCUCCUCACGGUCACGGUAGUGAAAGUGGUCGGAGUACCCCCAGUUUGUCCACGUAUUCCGAUGGCAAAUCUCCCUCCUUCACCUAUGUGGCAACUCCCAGGCAUUUCCACGUACCAGAGACUAAGGUCAAGAUAGAUAAUAUCUAUAGAAAACCCCCUAUCUACAGACAGCAUGCCUCUAGAACUUCCUGGCAAGAAGGAGACGACAUCAAGACAAGGACCAGUUGGAUGAUCUUGAAGAGUGAGAUAGACGGCGAACCCCUCCCAGAGUACCUGCUGGACCCCAGGAAGUCUACUUGCAGCCUGCCCACUGACACCUCCCGGACCAACUUCCCAUACAAUAAGUGUGCUUCCCUGCCAGGAUAUGGAAGGAAUGGCAUAUACAAGGAGGUUGCCGACCAUGUUGAGGUUGACCCAGACCAGCAGGACUCCCACAGCUGGGGAGGAAUGAGAGAGUACAAGGUGUACCCCUAUGAGGUGCUGUCUGUGACCCACAGGGUGAGGGUGAAGCUACCCAGAGAUGUGGACCGUACCAGACUGGAGAGACACCUCUCCCCAGAGGACUUCCACCAUGUGUUUGGGAUGACCCUGAAUCAGUUUGACCGCAUGGCUCUGUGGAAGAAGAACGACAUGAAAAAGAAGGCACGCCUUUUCUAAAGCCAAGCAGGAGAACGGGAGAAAAAUCAUUAUAACGUCUCCAGUCUACAACGUCUGUCCUGUCUGGAAGAAAGAAAAAAACAUCUGAAAUAAUCUACAUAUGCACCGUUACGU